UAGAUUAUCGCCAAACUCGCCUGUUUUCUGUCUCUUCUCCACAGUUUUCUGACAAUAAAACGCAAGAUUCGUUGUUUUCGCGAGACAUGGCGGCGGCUGAUUUGUGGAAGCCUCAAGAGGAAGGUCUGAGAGAGAUCUGUGGGUUACUUGAACAGCAUAUCUCUCCAACCUCCGAUAAACCUCGGAUUUGGCAGCAGCUCCAGCACUACAGUCAGUUCCCAGAUUUCAAUAACUAUCUCACUUUUAUCUUCGCCCACGCCGAGGGUAAAUCGGUAGAAGUUCGGCAGGCGUCUGGUUUACUUUUAAAGAAUAAUCUGAGGACUGCUUUCAAAUCCAUGGCACCUGCACACCAGCAAUAUAUCAAAUCAGAGUUGUUGCCUUGUUUAGGAGCAGUAGAUAGACAUAUAAGAUCCACAGUUGGAACAAUUAUUAGUGUUGUUGUUCAACAGGGACGGGUGUUUGGUUGGCCUGAGCUGUUGCAAGCCCUUGUUCAGUGCUUAGACAGCAAUGACUUAAAUCAUAUGGAAGGUGCUAUGGAUGCUUUAUCCAAGAUCUGUGAGGAUAUACCCCAAGAGCUUGAUUUAGAUGUGCCUGGCCUAGCAGAACGUCCGAUCAAUGUAUUUCUACCCAGAUUGUUCCAGCUUUUCCAGUCGCCGCAUGCCUCCCUCCGAAAGCUUUCAUUGGGUUCUAUCAAUCAGUUCAUUAUGCUGAUGCCUUCUGGUCUACUUCUAUCCAUGGAUCAAUACCUCCAAGGUUUGUUUGCUCUUGCUCAUGAUCCUUCUGCAGAUGUGCGAAAAUUGGUUUGUGCAUCAUUUGUUCAACUAAUUGAAGUCCAUCCGUCAUUCUUGGAGCCACAUUUGAGAAAUGUCGUUGAAUACAUGUUGCAAGCCAAUAAAGACACUGAAGAUGAAGUUGCUCUUGAAGCUUGUGAAUUUUGGUCAGCAUAUUGUGAAGCUCAGUUACCCCCAGAGAACUUGAGGGAGUAUUUGCCACGUUUGAUUCCAGUAUUGUUGUCAAACAUGUUUUAUGCUGAUGAUGACGAGUCACUCGUCGAUGCUGAGGAAGACGAGUCUUUCCCAGAUAGAGAUCAGGAUCUGAAGCCUCAUUUUCAUGCAUCACGAUUUCAUGGAGCUGAUAACUUGGAAGACGAAGAUGAUGACAUUGUCAAUGUUUGGAAUUUAAGGAAGUGCAGUGCCGCUGGCCUUGAUAUCCUGUCAAAUGUAUUUGGCGAUGAGAUUCUUCCAACAUUGAUGCCUUUUGUGCAGGCUAAGCUAACAACCACUGAUGAUUCAACAUGGAAAGAAAGGGAAGCUGCCGUUUUAGCUCUUGGUGCAAUAGCUGAGGGCUGUAUUACUGGUCUGUACCCUCAUUUGCCUGAGAUGGUGGCAUUCCUCAUCCCUCUUUUAGAUGACAAAUUUCCUCUCAUACGCAGUAUCACUUGUUGGACACUUUCUCGUUAUAGCAGAUUUGUUGUUCAGAGCAUUGGUCCAAAAGGUCGUGAACAAUUUGAAAAAGUUCUUUUGGGUCUUCUACAAAGAGUAUUAGACACUAACAAACGGGUGCAAGAGGCUGCUUGUUCAGCCUUUGCAACACUUGAAGAGGAGGCUGCGGAAGAGUUGUCGCCACUCUUGGAGAUUAUUCUGCAACACCUCUUGUGUGCUUUUGGGAAAUACCAGAAAAAGAACCUGCGGAUUGUUUAUGAUGCUAUUGGUACUCUAGCAGACGCAGUUGGAGGGGAACUAAAUCAGCCCAGAUAUCUUGAUAUCUUGAUGCCUCCAUUAAUCUCGAAGUGGCAGCAACUUUUAAAUUCAGACAAGGACCUUUUUCCAUUGCUCGAGUGUUUCACAUCCAUAGCACAGGCAUUAGGUCCUGGAUUUUCUCAAUUUGCUGAACCUGUAUUUCAGAGGUGCAUAAACCUCAUCCAGACCCAACAAUUGGCUAAGGUUGAUCCCGUGUCAGCUGGUGGUCAAUAUGACAAGGAGUUCAUUGUCUGCUCUUUGGACCUGCUCGCAGGACUUUCUGAGGCUCUUGGUAGUGGGAUUGAGAGUUUGGUUGCAAACAGCAAUUUGAGGGAUCUACUUCUACAAUGUUGCAUGGAUGAUGUUCUUGAUGUCCGACAGAGUGCCCUUGCUCUUCUAGGGGACCUUGCAAGAGUUUGUCCUGUACAUUUGCAACCUCGAUUGUCAGAAUUUCUCAACGUUGCAGUGAAGCAACUGAAUACUCCUGAGCUGAAAGAGACAGUUUCAGUGGCAAAUAAUGCAUGCUGGGCAAUUGGAGAAUUAGCAGUUAAGGUUCAGAAAGAAGUAUCUCCCAUUGUGAUGACUGUCGUUUCAUGCUUGGUCCCAAUUCUCCAACAUGCAGAGGGGCUCAACAAGUCACUCAUUGAAAAUAGUGCUAUCACUCUUGGAAGACUUGCCUGGGUUUGUCCAGAGCUUGUGUCACCCCAUAUGGAGCAUUUUAUGCAAUCAUGGUGUAUUGCUUUAUCCAUGAUACGUGAUGAUAUUGAGAAAGAGGAUGCUUUCAGAGGUCUAUGUGCGAUGGUUAGAGCAAAUCCAUCUGGGGCUUUGAAUUCACUUGUUUGUAUGUGCAAAGCUAUCGCCAGUUGGCAUGAAAUAAGGAGUGAGGAUCUACACAAUGGAGUUUGCCAGGUGCUAAAUGGGUAUAAACAGAUGCUUGGCAAUGGAGGGUGGGAACAGUGCAUGUCUGCUUUGGAGCCUCCGGUGAAGGAUCGGUUGUCAAAGUAUCUUGUAUAAUGGUAAUCAGUCGGAGAAUGGCAUAUUUUUCUGCUAGUGAUAGUUUCCAGGCUGCUUCUUCAGAUCUCUACACCUAUUUUCUUUGAUGUUAUCUUUUCUGCAUCUUGGGAUGGAGCUCUUGAUCCAAUGAUAGGUUAGGGCAAAAUAUUUGAGGAGAGUGCUACAGUUUUGGAGUAAAGAUGAAAUUUGAACCCAAGGUCCUCGAGCAAGUCUGAAGCUGAAGACUGGCCUCGUCGAAACAGCAUUUAUUUAAUAAAUGCAGGAAACAGAAGAAGCUGAAUUGAACAGACUGGCGAAGCGGGUACAAAGAUCAAAUGUGUGGCUUUAAAAGUGCUUCUGAAGAUAUGUAUUUGGUCUAGUUCAGUUGUUUGUAUUAAUGAGAUCAUAUAUCUGAGUCCAGUUGUUUCAUUGUUUUCCAGUCAUAGUUGAUGUUUAUACCAUGUCAGUGGAUAGCUUUUAAUAUGUAAUCCACUGAUUAGUCAAAGCGGGUUAUUUAUUAAAAGUUGUCCAUUCAAGUUCCUAUUGUUUUGUGUUUAGCCUUCUGUGGUUUUAGUUGCCAUUUUAACAUUUUCUGUAUUGCUUCUAUUUUUAGUCUGCAACAGCUUGUACUUAGAGGUGGAUAGUGGCCAUGGACCUGGAUUUCAUUAUUUGAUGUCACUUGUAUUUUGUUCUAUUUGUACU